CUGUUUAAUUCGCAACAGUAACGUCCCGUGAAUUUAAUCCCCUGACAUGAUGCUGUUCUUUGUUACGGCCAAUGUAUCUCUGGUAUGGUAACUAUGUUUCUUUACUACAUACAUAACUAUAUUGAUCGACGUUUCGUUGGAUAAUGACUCAGGCGUGUUGAUGACUUAUGAAACCCUCCCAUUAACCAAAAGUGAAAGAGGAUGCGGCUCUAAAGACUAAAAGACACACAGUAUGCACGUGAGUGCCGCAUCUCAUUUUAUAGUUCGCUACGUUUUGUCAGAGCCGUACUGUGUUUCAAAGUACAUUUGUGAGCUCCUGGGAAGAAAACAUAUGCACCUCCCACGGCAGAACCUCCUGCCAUAAUAAGAGAGAGGGAGAGUCGACAUCGUCAGGGCAUCUGUGAGGCGGAUCGAGGGAGAAGUCAUUCCUUUCUUGGAUCUUUCGUGACCGAACAGUUCAUCAGAUGGGAGAGACAUGGCGAGCUUUGCCAAAGCGGACGAGGAGCCAGGCCGUCUACAUGGAUUUGAGCUGGGUGAAAUAUCCACACCCACUGGUGUUUCGUCACAACAUCCCGUUAAGCGCGACGGACAUGGAGAUCUGAGGAUCGUUCUGCUGGGGAAGACUGGAUCAGGGAAGAGUGCAACAGGAAACACCAUCCUGGGGAGGGAGGCGUUUAAAUCAGAGUCUUCUCCGGUGUCUGUGACAUCACAGAGUGAGAAACAGAGUGGAGAUGUGAACGGAAUGAAGAUUGAUGUCAUCGACACCCCAGGAUUUUUUGACCCCACAACUUCUCAGGAAAAGAUGAAAAUGGAGAUCGAGAACGCCAUUAAAAUGUCAGUUCCAGGACCUCAUGCGUUCCUCCUGGUGAUCAGUCUGGGGAGGUUCACAGAGGAGGAGCAGAACGCCGUGAAGUGGAUCCAGGAGAACUUUGGAGAAGAGGCCUCAAAGUACACCAUGGUGCUGUUUACUGGUGAAGAUCAGUUAAACGGUAAAUCAGUAGAGGACUUCUUGGAACCUUGUGUUUCACUUCAGGAACUGAUAAAAUGUUGUUAUAAAAGAUACCACUGUCUCAACAAUGUUAAUCGAGAUGAUCACUCUCAGGUCAUCACGCUGCUAGAGAAGAUAGAGCAGAUGUUGGAGGAGAACGGAGGUGAACCCUACACCAGCGAUAUGGGCCAGAGGGCAGAGAGCAAACUGACCAGGUCAAACUCUCAGCAGGGCAAGCCAGAGGGUUGGAGAAGUGUGUGUUGUCCUUGCCUGCGGUAGCAGGAACAGUCCAGCUGGUGUUUAAGCUUUUCACCUCUUGGUCAAAGGGGAGAUGUUGUCAUUGAGGCAUAUAUGCAAUAUAGCUACUGAGUACAAAAGUGGGUACAUUGUGAGUACGUUAUGCUGUGCGCUGGUCCUGAUUAAGUAGUAAACAUUGAGGCAAUUAACAAUCAAGAUUAUAGGCUUCCUGUUCUAAAAAUGUUUGAAUAAACCGUUUUGAGGUUA